UUGGAUAAGCUGAGAGGCCACUAUCGCACGAAAGAGUUCAAUUUUCACAUCAAACCAAACAUGAAUUAUAAAUAUUCACUUCUAUACAUAAUAAUAUCAUUCUAACCCACAAACCCAUCAAUAAUUUCCACCCAACUCUCUCCAACAAUGAGCUUACUUUAUCAUGAGGAGCCACCAAAUCCCACUAGCAGAUGCAAAUUCCUCAUCUCAACCCUCAAGGAUGCUUUUGCCAAGUGCCAAACGUGCCGUGGACGGAUUUCUUCAAGAAACGCGGAUGAAGAGGAUUCAGGAAGCGAUGUGGAUGAUGAUCAAGAAGUAGUUGUUUCAGAGAUUCGAAGCAGAGCAAUGGAAGCAAAAACAAGACGUAAAGCCAGCUUUUCGAUGGAUAGCUUUAACUGGAUCAUCUCUCCAAGUACCGGAGAAUUGUUCACAGCUCCAAAUGCAAUGCAAAAAAAUGAGGACAGUGAUCAUGAAGAAAAAGAGGACUUCUUCUCUGUUGGCAGUUGUCUCUCUCGCUGCUCGACUGUUAGAAGUGUGGAAGAAUUUUUUUCUGUCAAGACACAAUUUUCUCGGUGUUCAAGCUUAAGCAGGCUUGAUUGUCGCGAUUUCAGGACCUUUGUCGUUCAGGAGUUCUGGCAUGGCAUUGAUUAUCAAGAAUUAACUUUUGUUUUUUGGUAUGAAUCAUUGUUGAAAUUGUAA